CGCGCGCGCGCGUUUGUGCGUCACGUGACCGGAAGCUGAAAAUGAAGCGGUCGCGCGUGCUUUUGAAAUGAUAACAAACCCCGCUGUUUCUCUCCGGUUGCAUAGCGCGGCUAUGUCGCCCACAUGAAUGUAAAAACAUGUAACGUUACGUCAAAAACAAUCGUGACGGAGCAGCGAUGAGGCGAAAGCCGAAGAGCCAACGCAUCAAACCCGGGUGAGGAUAAAUAUGCUAGCACGACCAGCUAGCCGACGUUAGCUCGCUGCUUUAUGCAACUGUCCAUCUUUCCCGAAGUGUUUGCAAAUAGACCUUUCUGGAUAUGCGCCCCCUCUUUACACCAGCUCCGUCCGCCCGGCCUCCUAACGUGAGAGACCAAGUGCUCCGUCAUGGAUGACUCGGACCAGGACUUUGUGGAUCUCUGCUCAAAGCUGCUAAAACGAGUCCGCAAGAAACCGGGCGAGUCCAUACAGCCGAGGAGAAACCACAGGAGAGAACCCGGUGCUGCUGCUACUGCUGCAGCAGAAGAGGAGGAGGAGGAGGUGGUGGUGGUGGGUGGAGGCACCGAUCGCGAUUCAGGAGAUGCCCGGUCCUCGGUUGCAGCUUCGGCAGGACCGAGAGGUUCGCCGGCGAGGGACAAAGUCCUCCACAGAAUGCAGCAGUUCAAGAGAGCCAGUCCGCGGAGGAUGGUGCACGGAGACAAGAGUCCGACAGCAGUCCCCGAGAAGGACGGUGUCCCUCCUCCACCCCCGAGGCAAGCGCAAGGCCUCCACCCGGAGCCCGGGGACAGCGACGAGGCUCUGGCCCUGCGUCUGCAGCAGCAGCUGGACAGGGAGGCGGCGGAGGCCCGGACGGCAGACCUGGAGGGCCGAGGCCUGUUCUUCUGUCAGAUCUGCCACCGAGCUCUGUCUCAUAUGACACCCGAGGGGCGAACGCAGCACCUCAACAGGUGCUUGGAUGACAGUGAAGAUAGCGCUCCAGCCCCUCCUCCUCCUCCUCCCGUUGUCUCCGACUGUCCCAUCUGUGGCAGGAAGUUCAAGUCCCAGAAGAGUCGCUUGGCCCACCUGAAGCGCUGCUCCUCGGACAUGGGCGUCGCUCCGGCUGUGCUGCUGCAGGCUCUGCAGAGACAGACGGAGGAGACCCAGAACGUCCCCACGGAUCACACGCUCGCGCAGACUGGUGGCACUAAAAGAAAAGGCCCCCCCAAGCCGGGCCUCCCAACAAGGAAAAAGCCCAGAAAGAAGGAUGCACCCCUGGAUGAAGACACCAUGGUGGCCCUGGCUCUGUCCACCUCCCUGCUGGAACAAGAGAAGCAGUCCGAAACAAACACGGCUGCCUCUCACACCUCCAUGACUGCAUCACUGAAGUGGAGACCAGACAAAGGUAAAAGCCGCGGAAAGAGGAGAAAGGGCGGCGACCUCCGUCCUCCUCCGCUGCUCCUGGUUCAGGAUGCGGCGGCGGCUCUGACGAGGCUGCAGGAACGCGUCUCUGCUCUCCUCCUGUGCAGCCGGGGGCCGUCUCCCCCCACCCCGCCCCGCCGCCCCAGCAGUCUGCCCGGCCGCAGCGCCGCUGCCGUCCUCUGGCAGAAGAGCGCGCUGCUGGGCGGAGGAGCCCCCACCUGUCCGUCUGAUUUCUACACGCCAGAGCUCCGGGACUUCAUCGCACCGUGGGAAUCGGCCGCGACCGAGGCAGCCGCCAACAAUCCUCCGGCUUCUGUCCAACCAGUGAGGGAAGGAACCCCCGUCCCCUGUUCCAUGGCCUCCAUCCUGUCCUCUUCCUCCCAGGCGUCCACCUCUCAGACGGCUCCCUCCACCAGCCGGGCUCUCCUCAUGGACCUGAUGGAGCUGGCUGAAGAUGGCGUGACCCUCACCCAGUGUGGUCGCGCUGCUUCGGGCCCCGACGGAGACGGGAGUGCCGGUCAGAUCGCAAACGUCCACCUGAGCCGCUUCGUGGUGGUGGAGGAGUCCGAGGAGCAGACGGACCUCCGCGCGAGUGGCUUCCUUCCAGAACCAACACGCAACACGCAUUCACAGGGUGCUCGCUGGCCGGCGAGGAGGACCACGGCCGGGCGCGGCGGGGCGGAUGAAGAGUGGGGCAGCCCCCGAUCAGUGGCGCUAUCCGGGCUGGCAUCAGACCUGAGCAGCAUGGUGAACAACCCCCAGCUCAGUGACUUGCAGCUGCAGGUGGACAGCGGAGAGGUCUUCUUCGCUCAUUCCUUCAUGCUGUAUGCGCGAUGCCCCCUGCUGGCAGAAAUGGCACACGGAAGUGGUUUCGGGGUGCGGGAGGAAGGCGAACCUGCCACCCAAAGAGUGUUGCUGAACGACGUCUCGGGACAGGCGGUGUUGGCGUUGCUGCAGUAUCUCUACGCCGCCCGCUGCUCCGUCCCGGCAGCGCUUCGGGCUCAUGUGCUGGAGCUCGCCUCCAGGUUUGACCUGCAGGAGCUGCAGUCGCUUUGCGAACAGGACCCAGACGAGGGAGACCGCGUGGACCAGGAGGAGACCGUCGCCGACCACACGCACCAGGCCCUCGCGGAGCUGCUCCGCUCCAUGUGGGACGAAGAGGACGAAGACGGCGAGGGGAUGGACGCAGGGGGAGAAAGGGACGAGGAGAGGGAACUGGGAGAAGAUCAUCAGGGCGAUGACCUUGCGUCAGGUGACCGAGAGAGCCGCGAGGAGAAGGUGAACGAGGAAGAGCUGGAGGAGAUCUACGAGUUUGCCGCCACGCAGAGGAAGAGGGAGGAGGAGAAAGACGGGACGGAGGAGGAGGAGGAAGAGAAGGCGGACGAGGAAGAAGAUGGAAAAGAAGUGCCAGCGAAACUGACGGAACCCAAAAGAAGUCCAUCAGGCGUCCGCUUAACCCAACUGCAGCCAAACCCUCAACUUGAGCCGGACCGCAGCUCCAGCCGCCUCUUCUCCGACUCCUGGGGCGUCUACGGGGAAGAAGAUCCGUCCACUGCUGCCCCGGCCGAGAGGCACAGCCCCCGACGCCGAGGACCCAGUGAACCCUCCUCCGAACCCUCUCUGCUUCGGUCCUCAGCCAGCGCGGUCCACGGCCUUUCAAUCAGCCCUCCACCCGAUGCCCCCAACAUGCCCGUCCCGGGUCGGUCUCCUGGGCAGGCGGGUGAGCGGGUUGCCGUCGCAGACGAGGUUACUGGCGACGUGGCUUCGAAGCGAGAACGUUCCGGUGCUCGUAGUAUUUGUGUCCCUCAGGGAGAGAAGGAACCGGAGCUCAUCGUUUUGUCUGACUCCAGCGAGGAGCUGGAGUUGGUCCUUAGUUCCCGCAGUCCUUCUCCACGUCCCCAUCGCGCCUCCCGGAAGCUGCGCAGCUACACGCUGAUCAAACCUCAGCCGAUCCCCGACCAUAACGCGCCCCCGCCGCCAAAUACGCUAUCGGUUGGUCUAGAGUUCGGUCCGGGCGAUCCGGUGCCAGAUCAAAGUGAAUCAGGUACCUGGUGUGACCAGAAUCCAGUAGACUGUUCUCCGGAGGUGUCUUGGCUGAUCCCGUCCACGCCGGUGCAGCCCGGCAGAAGCACCACGACGAGCUCCACCCAGACCAAAAGCAGCAUGUGCAGAACGCAACUCUUCCCUGAAGGGGACACGUCUGUUGUCUCCCCUCCUGCUUUACCAGUUAACGAGCGAGCGCAAACCUCCCCCGGCCCGGGCAGCGUCUCCGCCCCCGUCGGCCCAAUAGGGGGCGGCGUUCGCAAGUCAAUGCCAGAGGAGACUUGUCGCUCCAGCUUGGACCUCAGCCUUCGUUCUGGCCGACCCGGCGGUGUGCGUGAAGAUCGAGCGGCGCGUGCGCCCCCCCCGUGCCGGCCGACGCCCCUUCACGUCCUGCCGCGGCCUUACAGCAGCACCCCCCUGCACGCGGAGCUCCACGAGGCCCCCGCCCCCCCCGCCACCUCCCCGCUGCUCGCCGACCUCGAUCAGAGUUGGACAUGUCAGGCAAAGGAUCGGGCGCCGUCUGAGAGGCGGAAGGAGACGGAGCUGAGAAGCUUUCGUCUGUCACCGCUGUCCGCCCCCACGCAACCCCCCUCCUCCCCUUCCCACAGAGCUCUGAGAGGGACGCCGAGGCGAAGCCAAUCCCCCCGUCCAAGCCGUCGCCCUGUUGAGUGCAGCGGUCACAACCACGCGGGGUCUGCGCUCGCGGGGAACAACGAGGGAGAAGCCAAAGACUCCGGCGCUGAUGAAGGACGGCAGGAAGAAGCAGACGUCGGGGAAUCCAGUUUCCAGCAGAGCUUCAUGGACGAGCCCCCGAUCGCCUUCAAUGACUCGUGGGGUUUCGACGCAGCCGAUUUGGGGGCGAACCCGGGCCGCUUCAGUCUGGCUCUGGAGGACAGCGGAGCAUCGAGCCAGCGUGGCGAGCGCGGCGAGAGCAGCCUGGUGCCGCGAGGCGCAGCCAGGACGUCCUCCUCCUCCUCCACCGACCAACAGCCCUCGCCGCGGAGCCCGGUGAACCGCCGCCACGGCGCCGCGACCGCCUCCGCUCCGUCCGAAGCCCACAGGUCCCCGGCGGCCAGCGGCGUGGCAGCUCGUGGGGGGCUUUCCUUUACGCCGUCACCACCCGAGCCCCCCAACCAGGCCGCUCAUGGGGUCGUCAGCAGCCUCCUGGACUCCAAAAUAUGGGACAGCUGGGAAGAGGAAGACGACGAGGAUCUUCCUCUCUGUCAGAGGGUGAACCCCUCCUCCGCUCAGCUCAAGACACCAGCAUCAUCACGUAACCAACGGCGCGCUACGUUGGUGCCCAUCACCCCCCUGCCCCACUACUCCGACAUGGACACACCGGAGCUCAAGAACAAGCUCAACAGGUUUGGCGUUCGGCCUUUGCCGAAGCGCCAGAUGAUCCUGAAACUGAAGGAGAUCCACCAGUACACCCACCAGCUGGUGAGCUCUGAGGAGGAGGAGGAGGCUCCCUCAGCGAGCUGCGCCGCCCUGACGAGGCCCCCGGCCACCGGUCCAGAGUUCAGACCGGCCUCCUGCAGCCAGAGAGUGACGUUUAAAGCGCCAGAAGCCGUCGCCACAGAGGAGGCGGAGCUGCUGUCGGCCUCUCAGGGCUCCAACUCGUCUUCCGGCGCCGCCAGCGGAGAAUCUGAAAGCCGGUCCAACCCGGAGCUGUGCCUCUCCUCCGACUCCGACAGCGACGAGGGCGUCUCCGCCUCGCAGUCAGCCAACCGGCUCAAAGAAAGCCUCCGCGCGGUGCGCGCCUUCAUCCUGUCCAACGCCGAGCUGUACGGCCAGAUCCUCAAGUACCAGCCUCUCGUACUGUCCCGGCUGCAGCAGCAGCUCAAAGCAGCGGGGAUCCGGCUGGGCGCUGCCAAGCUGGUGGACUACCUGGACUCCCAGUGCAUCACCUUCACCACGGCCAAGCCGGGCCGGGCCGCACCCGGCCGCGGGCGGGGCAAGAAGACGGGCAGGGGGGCAAAGGCGGCGGGCAGGAAGAGAGCCGCCACAGCCGUGAUUUAAUGACGUUUUAACCGCAAGAGACGGCAGAGUUGAACUGAAACUUGAGGUGGAAGCAGUUGUUUCCUCCAGCGUUGACCUCAGAUUCGUUUUUUCAAAACUAUUUUAAGGAUGUGGUUAUUGAACCCAACGGGGAAAUAAGAAGAUGGGUCACUUGUAUUUAUGUAUAAAAAUUGUUUGUGUGUGAGAGAUGGUACAACAACAAAAACACCAGCUACCAUCAUAAUAAAUGUUUCAUUUAAGUCCGAUUUUAUGGAAGAACUA